AUGAACCUCCUUAAACCCUACCGGAGAAACCUUCAGUUCUCCACCCUCUCCUCCCUGCCAUCACCACCGCCGGGGCCUGAUGUUCAUCUGGUCGGAAAAUCCAUCGCCAUUCUCAAACGCCACCACUUAGUCAACCUGGAUUCUCUGUCCUCCCAAUUCACCCCUCAAUCAGCUUCUUAUUUACUCCACAAUGUUCAAUUUGACAAAACCCUAACCCUAUCAUUCAUCAAUUGGGCUCGCAGACGUCCCUUCUUCGAUCUAAGAUGUAACUGCAUCUCGCUUCACUUACUCACCAGAUUCAAGCUCUAUAAAACAGCUCAAAUCAUCGCCGAAGAUGUAGCCAUUCACAACCCUGAUGAUGAAGGUGGAGAUUUGGUUUUUGCAUGCGUUAAAGAUACGUACUCUGAGUGUAGUUCUAGCUCUGCCGUCAUUGAUUUGCUGGUAAAAUCUUAUUCUAAUAUGAAAAUGGUUAAAAGAGGUUUAAAUACAAUUCAUUUAGCCAUAUCUUAUGGUUUUAUGCCUGGUGUGCUGUCGUAUAAUUCUGUUCUUGAUGCGAUAACUAGGUCUCAUGAGCCCAUCAAAUUAGCUGAAGAAAUGUAUCUGCAUAUGAUGAGAAUUGGGGUUUCUCCAAAUGUGUUUACUUAUAAUAUACUGAUACGUGGGUUUUGUGCGGUUAGGGAAUUGGAGAAGGGUUUAGGGUUCUUUGCUGAAAUGCAAAAAAAUGGUUGCUUGCCUAAUGUUGUCACUUAUAAUACAUUAAUUGAUGCUUAUUGCAAGUUGAGGAGGCUUGAUGAUGCAUUCAAGGUGUUUAAGACCAUGUCUACGAGGGGAUUGGAGCCAAAUGUGAUUUCCUAUAAUGUCAUACUUAACGGGUUAGGUCGAGAAGGGAGGAUGAAAGAAACAGGAGAAGUUCUUGAGGAGAUGAAACGUAAGAGAAUCAUCCCUGAUGAAGUGACUUAUAAUACACUCGUGAAUGGGUAUUGUAAAGAAGGAAAUUUCCACCAGGCACUUGUUUUGCAUGAUGAGAUGACAAGCAAUGGAGUCUCUCCAAAUGUUAUUACUUACACUUCUUUGAUUAAUAGCAUGUGCAAAGCUCGGAAUCUACACAGGGCUAUGCAAUUACUAGAACAGAUGCGCAUAAGGAAAUUAUUUCCAAAUGCUAGAACAUACACGACCUUGAUUGAUGGCUUCUCCCAGCAGGGAUUCAUGGAUGAAGCUUAUCGGUUGUUGGAUGAAAUGAAAACGAAUGGUUUUUCUCCAUCCAUUGUGACUUAUAAUGCUUUAAUCCAUGGACACACUGUAGAUGGAAAGAUGGAAGAUGCUUUAGGAGUUCUUGAGUAUAUGGGUACGAAUGGGACAUCCCCAGAUGUUGUAAGCUAUAGUACAAUUAUUACUGGUUUUUGUAGGAAUCAGGAGCUAGACAAGGCCUUUCAAAUGAAACGCCAAAUGGUCGAGAAAGGUGUUCUACCUGAUGCUGUUACCUAUUCUUCGCUGAUUAAAGGUCUUUGCGAUCAGAGGAAACUAACUGAAGCUUGUGAUCUUUUCCAAGACAUGUUAAGAAUGGGUUUGCCACCUGACGAGUGUACAUACACAGCUUUGAUAAAUGCUUACUGUGUAGAAGGAGAUACUGCAAAUGCUCUACGUUUGCAUGACGAAAUGCUCAAAAAGGGUUUGUUCCCUGAUGUUGUCACAUACAGUGUGUUGAUUAAUGGGCUUAGCAAGCAAGCUCGAACCCGUGAAGCAAAACAGGUUCUUUUCAAGUUGUAUUAUGACAAUGCUAUUCCAGAUGAUGUAACUUACAACACAUUAAUAGAAAAUUGUGGCAACAUGGAGUUGAAGAGUGUGGUAGCUCUUAUAAAAGGGUUCUGUAUGAAAGGUUUAAUGAAUGAAGCAGACAAAGUGUUUGAAUCAAUGCUUCAAAGAAGGCAAGCACCCACUGAAGCUGUUUAUAACAUCCUUAUACAUGGCCAUUGUAAAGGUGGGAACUUGAGAAAAUCAUUUGAUCUUUAUAAGAAGAUGAUAAAUCAUGGAUUUGUUCCUCAUACUGCAACGAUUAUUGCCUUGAUAAAAGAACUCAUAAAAGGCGAAAUGACCUCAGAGUCGAGUGAAGUUAUAGAAAACCUGUUGAGAAGUUGUUGUCUUACCGAUGCUGAGCUUGCAAAAGCUCUCGUUGAGAUAAACCACAAACAAGGAAAUAUGGAUGCAGUAUUCAAGAUUCUUUCUGAAAUGGCCAAGGAUGGGUUGCUUCCAAAUAGUGGCAGAACUGCGUAUGCUCAAUGAUCAUGAGCCUGCAAUACCGUAAACCCGAAACCUGUGUCGGAUUCAUCAAUGGAGCAGUAGAUGCCAGGGCAUAAUGCUGCUCAUGUUGCUGCUAGAACUUACAUGAAGUGCAAGAUACAGUUGGACAUACCUUUACUACAGAGUGGGUCAGGACUGAAAUUUUCGCCGAUCUGUGUAUAGAGCAGCAUCAAUGGACACAUAGUUGACGGGCGUUUGGGAAUGGGAGCAACCUAAUACGAAUCUAUGAAAUUCUUGGAUGUCGUGAUUCGAAUCAGAUCCAAACUACAAAUCAGAUUUGAAAUGAGGAGACAAUCUGUCACUCUCCUUGAUCAUCCUUCUCUUAAAUGAGUUCAUUUAAAGUUUUUCAAUCAUACCUUUCUAGGUCCAGUCAUGGUCACCUGGUAAUCUUCCUUCCGAUCUAAAUUUUCUCUAGACACUUGAUCAAUGAGCAAGAUAAAAAGCUUCUGUUAGUUUUUCUGUAUGUAGUAGCUUUGCUUCUGACUUGUUCCAUUUAGAUGAAGGAAUAAGAAGCGACUAUAGCGAUUCGAAGGGCAGAAAUGAUGUCAUCAGUGGGUUGCUCUUCUCAUGGGAUGCUGAUGCAUCAAUGGCAGUAGCAUGCCCACUGAGUAGUGAUGGUAUUGCGGAUGCAAAUAUUAGUGCUCACAAUGAAGAUAAAACUCAGUGGAAGCUUUCAAUUGCUGCUUUCAACGUUAAGGGGGUGU